AUGUCUGAUCCAGAAUCGGCCUUUCUGGUAGAGCUCUGGACAGGCAGCGGCACUUUGCCCGCAGCCGCGCACAAGGCAGGCUUCGCGUCCGCAGCCAUAGACCCCGCGGGUAAGUGCUUCAAGGCCAAGUCGGUAGCUUUGGACCCCGAGGUGCCCGAGGACAUGGCCCUCAUCUUCGACCUGCUGCAACAGCCGGGCAACAAGUGGUGCCAUGUCAACCUGCCCCGCCAGACGGUGGCCCGAAAAAGCUUUCGUGCAGGUGAUGCGGUGGCACGGCUCUUGCGCGACAUGGACUCUCGCGGGGGGCUGUGGUCGGUCUGGAUGAUGGAAUGGGGCGCCAAGUGGUGCAACGGGAAACUUCGGGCCACGAUAGCCUCCGCCAGUACCAUCCAAGUGGAUUGCUGUAUGUGGGGCGGAUCGGAUAAACGCCGCAUGGUGCUGGCCAGCAACAGGCAGUGGUUCCUUCGCCUGGCCCGUACCUGCGACGGCUCUCACGAGCACUACAGGCCCAAGCCGGCUCCCGGACAGGCGCGGGCUGAGUGGCCCCCGGCCCUGGCACCGGCGGCGGUGGCUUGCGUCGUGAACCAGAUGCCGGAAGCCUGCAGCGUGCGACACGCCAGCGAGGACAGGAACAAGUGUUCGCCGUUUGCAGCGACUCUUUCCCCCCUGCCGGGUGGAGUCCGCCCUUGGCCGAAAGGCACCGUGCUCAAGAGCAUCAACUCGACCUUCACGGAGGCCAAGCUGGCGGUGCCAAUAAGCGCGCCCGAGUGGUGCCUGCGCGCCAGCCGCCUCGUGGCGCCCGAGGGUAUGGAGGCAGCGUUGCCGUCGGAUCUUCUGCACUGCGUUGAGCAAGAGACCACCCAAACGGUUUUCGACUUAAGUAAAAUCCGGGUGGCGAAGUUGCGGGCUCUGCUGCAGGACCUCGCGGCCGGGCACGCAGAAGAGCAGGCCCUUCCGGACACGCUCCCAGCGGAAGUGGCACGGGUGACGGCGGGCAAGUGCACCGUGGCCCUCAAGAAGACGCUGGAACGGCUCGGGCACCGAGACAGUCGCUGCGCGGACGAAAUCCGCGAAGGAUUCCCCCUGGUGGGUUGGCUGCCGCCUAGCGGACUGUGGAAGAUGGACCUGAAACCACCGGUGGUUCCGCCCUGCGUGCUGCUGGCCCACCAGAAACGAUUGACCGAGAAGUCGCGCGAGGCAGCGCUCCACAGUGCCGGCGCCCACCUGGCGCCGCAGGUUUGGCGCGAGACCAGCGCUGAAGAGAGCAAGGGGUGGCUGAGCCUGAUAUGCAAGGAGGAGGCCCGAGUAGUGUCUCCUCGUUUCGGCAUCACUCAAAAGAACAAGAUUCGAGUGAUAGACAAUUUCAAAGCGAGCCUGGUGAACGCGGCUUGCGGCACCACAGAGAAAAUCCAAGUGGAUGGAGUAGACCGAGUGAUCUCUUUGUGCAGGGCCUUGCUGCGCGCGAAGCCCUCCAGCCAACGGAGAAUCGUAGGCAGAACGUGGGAUCUGCAAAGUGCAUACAAGCAACUCGCGGUGCGCGAUGCCGAUAAGGCGUUCGCGCACAUUUGUCUUCGUGACGAGGAAGGCGCCCUCCGUUUCGCCCAGCUGCACGCACUCCCUUUUGGCAGCGUGGCGAGUGUCCACCCUUUCCUGAGAUGCAGCGAAGCCAUCAAGUGUGUGGCUCGUCGCGCCCUGCUGCUGGCAAUCACGAGCUUCUUCGAUGACUUCACCGUAGUGACUUCAAGUGAAGCUGCCGCGCUCGUGUCCCAGCUAGUGGAAUCGUUAUUUCGUGCUUUGGGCUGGACGGUCGCCACGGACGCGAAGAAUAACUCGCCUUUCAGCGAGAAGUUCUCAGCACCUUAG